AUGAGGUCAUCAAGAACUAAUAACAGAAGGUCUAACUCUUUUUACUCUCAACAAAAAGUUUAUGAACCGAGUCCGAGUUUUGAAGCCAGUGAACAAGAUUCUGAUGAAUAUAUGGAAGAAGAAAUAAAUAAGGAAGCUUAUCAAAGUGAAGAUGAAAUGGAUGGUUUAGAUGAUUUAUUACAAGAGGAAGAGGAAGAAGAACUUGAAAUGGACCAAGAACUGGAGGAACCAGACGAAAUAGAGGAACCAGAAGAACUAGAUGAACUUGAGGAGGUUGACAUAGAAGAAAUUGACGAUGCGGACGCAACACCUUUAGACGACGAUGAUUUUGAUGAAGAAGAAGAAGAGGAAGAAGAGGAAGAGAUUGAAGACGAAGAAGAUGAACAAAGUGAUUAUGAAGAAGUAAUUCCAGCACGAAGAACAAGAGGUAGUAGGAUCACAAUACAAACAACUCAAUUGAAACAAUCUUCAAGGUCAAAGCAAAAGCAACAAAAAGAUGAACCUCCACCUCAAGCUGGUGCCUCAAGAAAGAGAGGUCGUAUUCUUACUAAGAGACAAAGAGCUAAGCUCAAUGAAAAUUAUGAACAAGAUUUACUUCAACUUCCAAUGGAACCAAUGAAGAAAAAACAAUUAACGGAAGAAGAGAUUCAACUCAAAAAGUCAGAGAUAGCACGACGCAGAAAGCAUCAGAGUAUACAACCAUCAAAGAAACGAUCAAAAGAUCAAGAUGAUACUGACAGUGUUCAUAAUCAUGAGAAUGGUUCAAGUAUGAAUUUACCAUCUUACGUAUAUCAUUAUGUUCAGGAUGUGCAAGGUUGUUCAUUAUCCAUACCUGAGGGUAUAAGUAUGCCAAUAAAAUUUGAAAAAGGACCAAAAUAUCCACCGCCUGUUCCGUUGUGUUCGAUAUCUGGUUGCAAAAACCCUAAAAAAUAUCGCAGUACAAAAACAUUAGAUUUUGCAUGUUCGAUGGAGCAUCUAAAGCAAAUAAAUACUUCAGCUUCAGUAUAA